AUGGAUUGGCUACUUGCAUGUUUUGAAAUCCUAGCAAAGGAUGAUUUUGCUCUACUUCUUUUCACUUUAUGGAUGAUCUGGAAAGAGCGUAAUAGGAGGGUGUGGAAUGGAAUGGCUAUGGGCAUGCAACAAGUUGCAUUCCAGGUGUCCCAUAAUUAUCAACUUUUCCAACAAGUUGGUAGCUCGGUCUCGUCAUCUUCGAGAGUGGGGAGAGUUCAGGUUCCGUGGAAGGCACCAUCAGUUGGUUGGUUGAAAGCAAACUUUGAUGGUGCUUUCAAUGGUAUCUCACGAACAGGUGGUAUUGGUGUGGUACUGAGAGACUAUAUUGGUAACAUCGUUGGAGGGGUUUGUAUGCAUGUUGCUUCUAUUUCUUCACCGGUUAAAAUUGAAGCCUUGGCCGCUAAAGCAGCUUGUGCUUUGGCUGUGCAAUUUCAGCUUGCUCCUAUCAGUUUUGAAGGGGAUUGUCUGCAGGUCAUCCAAGCUAUAAUGGCUAGCGAGGAGGACACAUCUAUUUGGGGGCGGAUAAUUGAUGACUCUGUGUUCUAUUUAAACCAGCUACCUGGCUCUUCAUUCUCCCAUAUUUAUAGGGAGUCCAAUUCUGCAACAGAUAAGCUUGUUAGACUAGCUCUUUUUAGUCAAGUUAAUGUUUCUUGGUCUGGCUCUAUUCCUAUAGAGGUCAGGGGGUUUGUUGCCUCACAUUGUAUGCUUUAA